AUGGUGAAGGAGCACAAGCUAUCGAUCCGCUACCGCGCGGUUGGGAUGGUCAAGGUCAAGGUCAAGGGCGGCAUGACCCAGCUUCAGGUGACCAGGGGCUUGGGCGUCAACGAAGCGACGGUUAGGUGCUGGCUGGCUCGCGACCGCUCAGGAGAUACGCUCGAAAAUCGGACAAGUCGCGGGCAGAAGUCGGCCUUGAGCCGAGUGGCGAAGAUGGUCAUUGCAAAGUCGGUCUUCAAAAGGCACCACUCGACGAGAACCCUGGCGAGAAAACUGGCGGCGGAGGAGCAUACCAUUUACAAGUCGGCCGUCCACCGGUAUCUGAACACCAGCCUGCAACUGAAGUCGUUCAAGCUCAGGAUGCAGCCAAGGCUUACUGUGGGCCAGAAGCGCAGGCGUCUGGAAUUCACCAAGGACCGCAAGAACUGGUCUAUGCAGGACUGGAAACGCGUUCUGUUCAGUGACGAGUCGCCCUCCGAGCUUUUCCAAGCUCCUAACCGCCAGAAUGACCGGAUCUGGGCCAACAACAGCUCGGAGGUGGUGAUCGCCGAGGCAGUGAAGCAGCUUCGAAACAUUCUUGUCAGGGGCAUGAUGAGCUAG